AUGGAGGAAGGAUCAUCAAAAAAUCACUAUGUUGAUGAUGUUUACUUUUCAGUUCUGUGUGACGAAGAAGAGAUCUUCCCAAUUUCAGAUGAAAAAUAUGCAGAAGAAUUGGCAUUACAAGAGGUUCUAAUGUCAUCAGCAAUCUCUCACAGACCAAAAAUCAACACACUUGAAACACAAAAUCAAUCAACCAAAAAAGAAAAGCAAACUGCCACAAGAUCAGAAACUGGUGAAUCUUCUCAACAUAGCUUCUGUUCCAUUUUCAUGGAUACGAAACAUUCAAAAGAAAUGUUUGAAAACAGAAGUUGCCGCCAUUCUUUUUGCACAGACUGUAUUGGCAAGCACGAAGCAUCAAAGAUACAGGAAAAUAUUAGUAUGGUUUUGUGUCCAGGCUUGAAAUGCAAAGGGGUGUUAGAGCCCGAGCUUUGCCGGUCCUUGGUUCCAGCUGAAGUGUUUGAUAGAUGGGGAGAUGCAUUGUGCGAGUCUAUGAUUCUCGCGGCACAUAAAUUUUACUGCCCUUUCAAGGAUUGUUCAGCUAUGUUGGUUGAUAAUGGUGGGGAGGUUGUGACUGCAUCUGAGUGCCCGAAUUGCAGGAGACUGUUCUGCGCGCAAUGCAAGGUUUCGUGGCAUGCCGAGACGGAGUGCAGGGAGUUCCAGAGGUUGAAAAAGGAGAAGAGAGAAAGGGAAGGAGACAAUGUGUUGAUGGAGCUUGCCAAGAAACAGAAAUGGAGGAGAUGUCCCAAAUGCAUGUUCUAUGUUGAAAAGGUUGAUGGCUGUUUACACAUUACCUGCAGGUGCUUUUGUUAUGGGUGUGGAUCACAAUGGAGUUCAAACCAUGGGGGAUGUCAACCAAGAUAAGAGAAGAUUAUGCUAUCCUUAUUGAGGAUGUUAACUGAGGAGAUUGUGAGAUUUGUUUAAUGAUGGGUAACAUUUAUCUCUCCCAACAUUUAUGGAAUGAUCAAAAUCUUUUUUUUUUUAUUUUUUAUUAUUGUUAUUAUUUUUAUGCUAUACACUACUUAAAUCCAAUCAAGAUGGUGAUGUGCUGUUUUUUUUAUACCCUUUGACAUAUUUUUGAUGAGCACUGAUCAAUAUUUGUACAAUGAUCUAUAAC